AUGCCAGCUAUGUCUCGUCGCCGUGCUUCUCAUAGUGAACCAAUAGCCUCGUCGUCGGCGAACGAAGCCUUUGCAUAUUCCUUUACCACAAUGCAGCAGAGUAAUCGGCCACAGCGCCGCGGUCCGAUUGAAGGCCCCAACGGACGCAGGCUGGUUCGCAGAGUUACCUGGCGCUCUUCGACUUACAAGCUGAUGGCGUCACUUUGGGUCCUGGGUGUCUUCUACAUCGUCUGGCUCAUCCGGGAUAUCUUCUAUCUUCCCUUCACCCGUACGCAACCCGAAGCGAUCACCACCAGUGCCUCUCAGGAUUUCCUGGAGCAGUAUGUUGGACACCAGGAGUGUGGUAUAUCGUCCUUUGCUCUCUAUGAGCCCCCUAAAAUCGGUGAUCAGGGGGUAUCAAGCCAUUCGUACUGUCAAACCCGUGAUUCCUUGCUAACGGCGAUGAGUAACGGCGGCCGACAUGGUUUUGACGAGGCGUAUACUUCUAAAGGUUGCUUCUAUCGCUGGUAUACCAACUCUGAAAUUUGUGACAUCCUGCAAAAGUUCGACGCACUUGUUUUCGUUGGCGACGAAACUCUCGCCGAUGUAUACGCAGGGUUCAAUAUCCUUCUUCGAGGGAAUCUGGCGACUGGUGCCAUGAGAGAGUCCGAAUUGACUAAUGAGCAACUUGAAAAAUGCAGAUGCGGCUCACAGUUUACCAGCGCCUCUUGCCUGCCGUUGAGGGUUACCUCUAGCGACCAGGUAGAGAAGCAGAACGGCAGAAAAGCACCCGCAGGUCCAAAUGCCUGUUCAGUCUCUACUUCCCACGCUUUCGUGACGGCAACGAGCUCACCUGCCUUGAAGAGUGCCCAUGAAAGAUUCCGACGUCUCAUCAGCCGAGGGAGUGGCCGGGGAAAACCUGUUCCGGUGAUCCAGAGUCUCUCCCUUUCGACCUCCUACUCACUGACGAUUGCCGGAAAUAGCAUGGAUGAAUGGCUAGCACUGGCCAAAUCUAGCAAGCAUGAUACGCCUUUCCUCUGGAUAGGCCCAACAGCUCCAGGCCACCAGAAACCCUCUGAAAACAACGUUCACGCGAGUAGUUGGCAGUACGCGUUGGACACAUCUGAAGCCGCGCGAGCUAGAGGUAUGGAAGCCUUGGGGAUGUACAACGCGACUUUGCAAGCAGAUAGCCGGGAUGGUAUGCACGAUGGUGAGAAGGUGGCAUUGAUCCAGGCGAUGAUGGUUAUCAACUGGUUAUCAAUGCUCUAG